UCUCGCGAGAGCUGGGCUGUAUAAAGUGUCCGCUCUCGCGCGGGGCGGGCCGGAAGGCGGCGCGGCCGGUUUGAAGGCAGCGGCGGGAGGCAUCUUGGAUUUUGUGCAACAGAGUGAAAGACAGUGGAAUAAUUUAGUCUGGUUGACUUGAGUACCUUUGUUGGAACAAAGGUAAACUGGUAGAAGAUGCCGACUGGGAAAGUUUUGCAACCUGUACUAAAAAUGAAAGUGGAUGAACUCUUCCUGUGCUGGCUCAGUCAGCCUACAACCCAGUUGAUGUUAAAGGAUUGUUUGAGAAAGAUCAAGAAUGAAGAGAAGAUUGAAAUUGGUAGUGGAGAUGCUGGAGACAGUGAACCUCUCAUUUUUACUAAUAAGACCUCCAAAUCUAAACAAAGUAUGCUAGAUAACCUGAUAUCGCCUCUGGUGACUCCUUCCAGUCCUCCUCAUCUUUCCACAGCUCUCCCCCUGGGAACUUCAACUAGCCCAAGAAACCUAUCUAAUAUUAGAGGAAUACGUAGAUCUACAGGGACAAGAACAGUUCAGACAAAGAAAGAAGAACCUUUGCCGCCAUCACUGAGCCAAACCAUUCCAACGUUUUAUUUUCCCCGAGGAUGUCCAAAAGAAAAAGUGAAUAUAGAUGCAGUGAUUGCCAAAAUAGAGAGAACUUUCUCUCAGUUUCCAAAUGAGAGAGCAAGAUUAGAAGACAUGGGCAAAGUUGCAAAGGCCUGUGAAUGCCCACUUUACUGGAAAGGUCCCUUGUUUUAUUGUGCUGGAGGAGAACGAACAGGAUGCGUCUCAGUUCAUAAAUUUGUUGCAAUGUGGCGAAAAAUACUACAGACCUGCCACGAUGAUGCGGCAAAGUUCGUUCAUCUUCUGAUGAACCCUGGAUGCAACUACUUGGUGCAAGAAGACUUCAUUCCAUUUUUACAAGAUGUGGUGAAUAGUCAUCCUGGCCUAUCGUUUUUAAAAGAAGCAUCUGAAUUUCAUUCUCGUUACAUUACCACAGUUAUACAAAGGAUAUUUUAUACCGUAAAUAGGUCUUGGUCUGGAAGAAUCACGUGUAAUGAACUCAGGAAAAGCAGCUUUUUGCAGAAUGUGGCAUUAUUGGAAGAAGAAGCUGAUAUUAACCAGCUGACAGAGUACUUCUCUUAUGAGCACUUCUACGUCAUCUAUUGCAAAUUCUGGGAGCUGGAUACAGACCAUGACCUCUAUAUUGAUCCAAAGGAUUUAGCCCGGCAUAAUGAUCAUGCUAUAUCAAACAGGAUGAUAGAGAGGAUAUUUUCAGGAGCAGUAACAAGGAGCAGAAAAGCACAGAAAGAAGGAAAACUUAGCUACGCUGAUUUUGUCUGGUUUUUGAUAUCUGAAGAGGACAAAAAGACUCCAACUAGCAUUGAAUACUGGUUUCGCUGUAUGGAUCUUGAUGGGGAUGGUGCAUUGUCUAUGUAUGAACUGGAGUACUUUUAUGAGGAACAGUGCCAAAAACUGGAUAACAUGGCCAUUGAACCUCUACCUUUUGAAGACUGUCUGUGCCAGAUGCUGGAUCUUGUAAAGCCACAAUGUGAUGAGAAAAUUACUCUCCAUGACUUAAAGAAAUGUAAGUUAGCAAACGUGUUCUUUGAUACCUUUUUCAACAUUGAAAAAUACCUUGACCAUGAGCAGAAGGAUCAAUUUUCUAUAUUGAGGGAUGGUGAAAAUGAAAGCCAAGAGAUUUCUGACUGGGAGAAAUAUGCUGCUGAAGAGUAUGAUAUCCUGGUAGCUGAAGAGGCAGCUAGUGACCAGUGGAAUGAUGGUUAUGAGGCAGAGCUGAAUCCUGUAGACCAUCAGAAGGCCAAUGUCCUAAAAUUUCAGAUGGAGAAAAGACCUUUCUUUGAAAUGCCAUCCCAUCUGGCUGAUGUAGACUUGGAUGACUAUGAUUAUGAAGAGGACUUUGAGUAAUUCUGAUCAACACUUGCAGAAGGAAAAGGACAGUCUGCAGCAGGUCUGCUACACAUGUAUAAAAAUUCAGUGGAUUUGUCUUGAGAGAAAGUAAACUUAGUUCUUUGUGCCACAAAAUAAUCAUUAGGUUAUCAUUUAAAGAAAAUGAAGUGCAUUUGUAUGGAAUGACAACUUUUUUGUAUUUAUUCAGUAGUUUAUAGUUUGUAAAAUAGAUUAAAAUAUUUAUUUAUAGAUGUUGCAUAAUUCCUUAAUGGAAGAGUAACCGUAUUUAAGUUCUCUAAAGUAAUCUGUUGGUUUUAAGAGAUGACUAUAUAAUUCUCUAUAGUUGAUACAUAGUGCACUGACCACCUUCAUCCUGUAUCUGUGAACCGAAGUCCCUGUGCUAGGAUGGGAAAUAAGGAGAAUGCCUGUGCUCUCAUGGCAAAAAUCUAGUAACUGUAUCAUUGGUAGAGAAUGAGAGUAGCUGUGAGUGAAUGAUUUGGCUCAGUAUUUUUGAGUAGUUUCAUUGGACAAGCCAAAUAUAUUAGUGCACAACGUAAACUAUUUAAUGCCUGAAACAAGCUUCUCCUCUUUCCUUUCCAUCCCCUCAUUUUAUUUGCCCCAACUUUCUUUGCCCUUUUAAACUUCAAGUCCUUUAUUGAUGUCCAUUCUCAAAUACUAAAGUCUGUUUUAGUGUUCAUACUUGACGCCGAAAUGGGUAUUUUACUCCAUGUAGAAGGAACCAAUUUUUUUAAUCCUUGUAUAAAUGUUACUUGAUCUGUGAUGUGCACUAAUCUGUGGGCAUUCAAUGUUUUUGUUUGUUCCUCCUUUUCAAUGGUUAGCUAUUGACACAUUCCAUAAAUAUUCAAACAAAUAGUGUCACAGCAGCUUGAAAUUGUCUCCUCACCUGCCUACCUAUGGCAAGAGAUUGCUUACUAGACAAGUUGACAUUUGUUACUCAAUUAAAUCAUAAGGUUGUGGUGCCUUGAAAUGUACAAAUCUAAGUGAGAAUUUAGGUAUGGAACGUUUUCAGCAAUACUUUACUGCUAAACAGAUUUUCAUGUAAAAUGUACAAAAAGAUGUAAAUUAUUUUUGUUUGCGGUGUAAAUCUGUUUAAAAUGUUUAAAGGAUCAUGUUUGUAUUUUCAAAUAAAGAUUUUCAUACAUGUAA